AUGUCUCUCAAGCGCAAAGCUUCCUUCACUGCUCUCCCGACCAGCCCUUCAGUUCCGGCCCCCAGUGAAUGGAACAUGACAUUGGAUGGAAACACACACCUACACAGUCGAACUCGCAAGCGAUUCAGAGACGACCGCCCGAGUGAGAAUGUUAUCUACCGUAAGUUUCUAUAUCCUCACGUGCAGCCUCGUGCUCCAAAGUUGCUAGUGAACUGGGCUGACAGGGAGCUUCCAGAGAACACAUUACGAUGGAUUUACUCUGCUCAAAAGCAGCAACAGCCUACGGCAACAAUUGAAAACGACGCAAUGGACUCUGAGCCCACUGUUGAACCUGAGGUGGUCGAUCCUCGCCAGCAAACGUUACACAGUUUCUUCAAAGCUCCCCAGCAAUCAUCAACUUUCCGGCCAUCCCGCCAAGCUCUUGCACCUCGUGCCAAUGAAACAGCAUCGGUAAAUGAGGACAUCAUGCGAUACCAGGCAUUCAAUCAAAUGAAUGGGACAGGCAGCUCAAGCGCAAGUGAGAGCAAUAGCCCCGGUGUCCAGAUGGGGGCCGAUGUUGACAUGGAUAUGGAUAUGGACACGGAUGCCGGAAGUGGUAGUGAUGGGUCCAACCAGACACCAAAUAACUUGAUGGGUGCAACAUCGUGGAUGUAG